CCAGGCACAAGCACCAGUAGUCUGACAUUUUGGAAUCACACAGCUACACACAAGGACAAAGCCAAGACACUGAAAAAAGGAGCCACCUACACCUUGAUUUCACAUAGAACGAUGCCAGAAGAGCUGAAGACUAACGUACAAAGCUCACCAAUGGAAGAGGAGGUGGAAACCUUUGCCUUUCAGGCAGAAAUUGCCCAGUUGAUGUCGUUAAUCAUCAACACCUUCUAUUCAAACAAAGAAAUCUUCCUCCGAGAGCUGAUCUCCAACUCUUCAGAUGCACUGGACAAAAUUCGAUAUGAAAGUCUUACAGACCCAAGUCGGCUUGACUCUUGCAAACAGCUAAAGAUUGACCUAAUUCCUGACCCACUCACACGCACCUUGACUAUUUUAGAUACCGGUAUCGGAAUGACCAAGGCUGACCUUAUUAAUAAUCUGGGCACCAUUGCUAAGUCAGGAACAAAGGCCUUCAUGGAAGCACUACAGGCUGGGGCAGACAUCUCUAUGAUUGGACAGUUUGGUGUGGGCUUUUAUUCAGCAUACUUGGUAGCUGAGAAGGUGUCCGUCAUCACAAAACACAAUGAUGAUGAGCAGUAUAUAUGGGAAUCUGCUGCUGGAGGAUCCUUCACUGUGAGAUUGGAUAACAGUGAGCCAGUAGGGAGAGGAACAAAAGUCAUACUGCACCUAAAAGAAGAUCAAGUGGAAUAUCUGGAGGAGAAACGAAUCAAGGAGAUUGUGAAGAAGCACUCUCAGUUUAUUGGCUAUCCAAUCACGCUUUUUGUAGAAAAGCAACGAGAGAAAGAAAUUGACCUUGAUGACGAGAAGGAAGAGGAAGCAGAUAAAAAAGAUGCGGCAGAAAGCAAAAGCAAUGACAAACCAGAGAUUGAAGAUGUUGGGUCUGAUGAUGAAGCUGACAAAGAUCACAAGACAAAAGCAAAAAAGAAGAUCAAGGAGAAAUACAUUGACAGUCAGGAGCUGAAUAAAACUAAGCCCAUUUGGACAAGAAACCCAGACGACAUCACAAAUGAGGAAUAUGGCGAGUUCUAUAAGAGCCUAACCAAUGACUGGGAGGAUCAGCUGGCAGUGAAGCAUUUCUCUGUGGAAGGACAGCUGGAGUUCAGGGCCCUGCUUUUUGUUCCCAGGAGAGCAGCUUUUGACUUGUUUGAAAGCAAAAAGAAGAGAAAUAACAUAAAGCUGUAUGUGCGAAGAGUCUUUAUUAUGGAUAACUGUGAGGAGCUGAUACCAGAAUACCUCAACUUCAUCAAAGGCGUUGUGGACUCUGAAGACCUCCCACUUAAUAUCUCACGUGAGACACUUCAGCAGAGCAAAAUUCUGAAGGUGAUCCGUAAAAACCUGGUUAAAAAGUGCUUGGAACUCUUCACUGAGUUGUCUGAAGACAAAGACAACUAUAAGAAGUUUUAUGAGCAAUUUGCCAAGAACGUGAAGCUUGGAAUUCAUGAGGACUCCCAGAACAGGAAAAAACUUGCUGAUCUUCUGCGAUACUACACUUCUGCUUCUGGAGAUGAGAUGGUGUCCCUGAAAGAUUAUGUAUCUCGAAUGAAGGACAAUCAAAAACAUAUCUACUAUAUUACAGGUGAAACCAAGGACCAGGUUGCCAACUCAGCUUUUGUGGAGCGCCUGAGAAAGCAUGGUUUGGAAGUGAUCUACAUGAUUGAGCCCAUUGAUGAGUACUGCGUUCAGCAGCUGAAGGAGUAUGAUGGCAAAAACCUUGUUUCCGUCACAAAAGAAGGUUUGGAGCUUCCUGAAGAUGAAGACGAGAAGAAGAAGCAAGAGGAAAUGAAGACAAAAUUUGAAAAUCUGUGCAAGGUCAUAAAAGACAUAUUGGAUAAAAAAAUUGAAAAGGUUGCUGUCUCCAACCGUCUGGUUGCAUCUCCAUGCUGUAUUGUAACCAGCACUUAUGGCUGGACUGCCAACAUGGAGCGCAUCAUGAAAAGUCAAGCUCUGAGAGAUAACUCCACAAUGGGAUACAUGACAGCUAAGAAACACCUUGAAAUUAACCCUGAACACCCCAUCAUUGAAACACUUCGACAGAAAGCUGAAGCUGACAAGAAUGACAAAGCUGUCAAAGACUUGGUCAUCUUGUUGUUUGAAACUGCGCUGCUAUCCUCUGGUUUCUCUCUGGAAGACCCUCAGACACAUGCUAACCGCAUCUACAGGAUGAUCAAACUUGGGCUGGGUAUUGAUGACGAUGAGUCACCUGUUGAGGAAGUCUCACAGCCUCCUGAGGAAGAUAUGCCAGUACUUGAGGGAGAUGAUGAUACAUCACGAAUGGAAGAAGUUGACUAGAAAAUAUCAAGUAUAUGUAUUAACUGAGAUGUAAUUUAUCUUGUAAGUUAGGUUCAUAUUAAAGCUUUUUUUAAUUAUUUACUUGAAAUUAUAUUUACUCCAUACCCAAGACCGGGGGUGUGGAGCAAUUGUAAAAUAUUUUAGUUUUUAAAACUCUUUUUAGUAAAAUGUUACUUUUUUUUAUUGUGAGAUAAUUUUUUCAGACAUUUGUAAAAAAAAAAAAGGAAACGUUGGUUAAACAUUUUGAAUAUGGCAAGUGUAAAGUAACUAUCCUUUUUAAAACCUGUGUUAGUAAAGAGUUGCAUAUUUAUUAUUAGUGUAACAUUUUAGACACUUUUAUAAAUUCACUGGGGUUAGUAUACAUACAUCUGUGCAUGAGUUUUUUUAAAAAUAAAUUAAUGAACAUUAAUUUCAAAUAAACUUUAAUUUUAAAUUAU